AUGCCGAUUCCCGUGGAUACCGCGAAGUCGAUUACGAAGAAGCGCAAGAGAAAGCAUGGAGGUAGUGCGCGCGCCGCCGCCGCCGAGGAGGAUGUGCCCGCGACGCCUGCGGCCGUGAGCGAGACUCCCGAGAAGGAAGUGACCUCCGCGAAGAACAAGAAGAAGAGCUCUGCCAAGGAGGCGACCUUGAAGAAGCGCAAGGUGGAGAAGCCGGUCAGCGAGGGCGAGAACGACAGCGACGAGGGGUCGGAUGAGGAUGCUGCUCCCGCUCAGGACGACGAGGAUAGCGACGCUGAGGAGGAAGAGGAGGAGUCUGCCGGUGACGCUGAGGAUCUUCCCUCGGCAGACCCUGUUAGUCUGCCGCAGGUGGAGGGAGAGCCGCAGAAAUUCACGGAAUUGAAUCUGUCGGAUAAGACGAUGAAGGCGAUCCAGGAAAUGGGCUUUGAGACUAUGACUGAGAUCCAGCAGCGUGCUAUCCCGCCGUUGCUUGCUGGUCGGGAUGUCCUUGGUGCUGCGAAGACUGGCUCCGGAAAGACUCUAUCGUUCUUGAUUCCUGCGAUCGAGAUGUUGAGCUCGUUGCGGUUCAAGCCGAGAAACGGUACCGGUGUUCUCAUUGUUUCCCCCACACGCGAGUUGGCCUUGCAAAUAUUCCAGGUGGCCCGUGAACUUUGCCAGUUCCAUUCUCAAACCUACGGUAUUGUCAUUGGAGGCGCCAACCGAAGGGCGGAGGCCGAAAAGCUCAUCAAGGGUGUCAACCUGCUUGUUGCGACGCCGGGACGUUUGCUGGAUCAUUUGCAAAACACCCAGGGUUUUGUCUACAAGAACCUGAAGACGCUGGUCAUCGACGAGGCGGAUCGUAUUCUGGAAGUCGGUUUCGAAGAUGAAAUGCGCCAGAUCGUCAAGAUUCUGCCCAACGAUAACAGACAAACCAUGCUGUUCUCCGCCACCCAGACCACCAAGGUUGAGGAUUUGGCGCGGAUAUCUCUCCGACCGGGUCCUUUGUACGUGAACGUGGACCAUCGCAAAGAGCACAGUACCGUGGAAGGUCUGGAGCAAGGCUACGUUCUCUGUGAGGCCGAUAAGCGCUUCCUGCUGCUCUUCUCUUUCCUGAAGCGCAACGCGAAGAAGAAGAUCAUUGUUUUCUUCUCCAGCUGCAACUGCGUCAAAUACCAUGCCGAGCUCCUCAACUACAUCGAUCUACCCGUGCUUGAGCUGCACGGAAAGCAGAAACAGCAGAAGCGAACCAACACGUUCUUCGAAUUCUGCAACGCCAAGUCCGGUACCCUUAUCUGUACUGACGUUGCCGCUCGAGGUUUGGAUAUUCCUGCCGUGGACUGGAUCAUCCAGUAUGACCCCCCUGAUGACACCAGAGAUUACAUCCACCGUGUCGGUCGUACGGCGCGUGGUAAGGACGGAAAGGGUCGUAGCUUGAUGUUCUUGCAGCCGUCGGAGGUCGGUUUCCUGAAGCACUUGAAGGAGGCCCGAGUUCCUGUCGUUGAAUUCGACUUCCCCGCCAACAAGAUUGUCAACGUCCAGUCUCAGCUUGAGAAGCUGAUCGAGCAGAACUACUACCUGAACAAGUCCGCCAAGGAAGGCUACCGCUCAUACCUCCAGGCCUAUGCCUCGCAUUCGCUGCGGUCCGUCUUCGACGUGCACAAGAUCGACCUCGUCAAGGUGGCGAAGGGCUUCGGAUUCUCCACACCGCCUCGCAUCGACAUCCAACUCGGCUCCAGUCUCAGCCGGGACAAGAAGCAGCAGCAACAAGGCCGACGAACCUACGGCAGUCAACCCAAGGGAUUGAAGUUCAAGCGGAAGCACGAGGAUGAUUAA